CAGCGGCGGGGCCGGGCCGGGAGGCGGAACGCGCGGCCCCGCUGAACCCGCCGAGGGGCCUGCGGGAGCAGCAUGGCCGCCAGCCUGUGGAUGGGGGACACUGUUGAGCCUGGUUCAUGCAUGCCUGCUGGUUUUGAGUGGCAUCGACCCUCUUAAAUGAGUCUUCUUUUUGAAGUGUAAGGCUGGAACCCUAUAUGGAUGAAAACUUUGUUUCAAGAGCCUUUGCCACCAUGGGAGAACUUGUACUGAGUGUAAAAAUCAUUCGAAACAGGUUGACAGGAAUUCCAGCAGGCUAUUGCUUUGUAGAGUUUGCAGAUCUAGCUACUGCAGAGAAAUGUUUACACAAAAUCAAUGGAAAACCGCUUCCUGGGGCUACACCGGCGAAGCGAUUUAAAUUGAAUUAUGCAACGUAUGGAAAACAGCCCGACAACAGUCCAGAAUAUUCCCUUUUUGUGGGAGACCUGACUCCUGACGUGGAUGAUGGGAUGUUAUAUGAAUUUUUUGUUAAAGUUUAUCCAUCGUGUAGAGGUGGAAAAGUUGUUUUGGACCAGGCAGGAGUAUCCAAAGGUUAUGGGUUUGUGAAGUUCACAGAUGAGCUGGAGCAGAAGAGAGCACUGACAGAGUGUCAGGGAGCUGUGGGGUUGGGCUCCAAACCUGUACGAUUGAGUGUGGCUAUACCAAAAGCUAACCGGGUAAAACCAAUGGAGUACAAUCAGAUGUACAACUACGGCUACAACCAGUAUUACCAACAGUAUCACAACUACUACGCCCAGUGGGGGUACGACCAGAACACAGGCAGUUACAGCUACAGUUACCCCCAAUACGGCUACACACAGAGCACCAUGCAGACAUAUGAAGAAGUUGGGGAGGAUGCACUGGAAGAUCCCACGCCUCAGCUGGACGUCCACGAAGCAAACAAGCAGUUCAUGGAGCAGAGCGAAGAGCUCUACGAUGCCUUGAUGGACUGUCACUGGCAGCCUUUGGACACUGUCUCCUCAGAGAUCCCAGCUGUGUUAUAGCCUUGUUGCUGAGGCACUGUGGAAUAUCCCACCAGUGCACUCCGGACUGUUCCGUCGCCCCCGGAUCCUGCGGGAUCAGGGGUGGCCCUUUCCCCUCCCAGGCCUGGGACUCGGAGUACAGGAGGGCUGUGGCCCCUUUUCCUGUACAGAACAAGCAUCGUAGGAGCAUCAUGGUGACCUUGAUUCAUGGUGAAAAUUAGAACUGCAACAGUUUUAAUUCCUUUUUUGUCUUGAAAUGAACUCUUGAUACUUGUUGGGAAUUGUAAUUUAUAAACCUUCGACGAGGUGGCACAGGGGAGAGACUCUACUCCACCCUACAAUAAAAAAGUUGGUCUUUUAAGUAAAAAAUUACCCUUUGCAUUUUGGUUCCUGCCCAUCUUUCUGGUUUUGCUGCCCACUCAACUUGUCUGCAGCCAUUUGGCCCAGCGCUCGUGAAUGUGUUACUUUUUAAAAAACAACAACAACAAAAAAAAUCAUUGUUGGAUGCCACUGAAAGAUCUCAAAAGCUUUCUAGUGACUGGAUAAGGUUUCUGUAACUUGAGCACGGGAGGAAAAGUUGUGUUCUGGUUAAGCUAAGCUGUGAUCAUGAGCUAGAAAGCUUGGCGUUCUUAAACAACCUACCUGAAGAGCACUUUGGAGAGCAAAGACAGAAAGGAGUGUUAAGAAAACUACAGACCAAUGCCUUUUACUUGGUGAUCUCUUGCACACCUGACUUGCUCCUCCACCUGUGCAUGAGGAAAUAAUUCCCCCUCACCCAAGCAGUUUGAAAACACUUCAACCAGCAACCCUAUUUAAAUGUUAUUUUGUGUAUCAUGCCUUUAUUUUUUUAUUGGUCUCGUUAAGAUGUUGAGAUUUUGUAGCGUCUUCCACUGCCCUGCCAGAGGGAAACUGAAGAUCUUGCAGCAAAAACGGGUCAGAGCAAUCUCACUGAUAUAUUGUGCAACAAAUUGUUGUGAGCCUGGAAAGCAGUUUUUCUACUGGAUGUUGUAUAAGCUGGGUGGACAAGCAAUAUAAAAUAAGCUGAUAUUAUGUUGCGUUAGAGGGUGAAAGUGAAAAUAAUAGCACUUAUGUACAUGUUAUAAGCCCUUUUCAGGCUUUUGUGCCUUAAAACUCUUGGAGAAAUAGGAACAGAGAAAACUACCUGUAAUAAAUGUCUAUCCAAGGAGUAGUUUGGUAACUGAAAUUGCUGCUGCCGAGCGUUUCGUUGCCUCCCUGCCCAUGUCGAUGCAGAGAUUUGCCACAAGGUUUAAAUACUUUGAUAAAGCUACUUCUGCUA